CACCUAUCACCGUCUUUGUCAUUCCGAACAUCCCCCCCUUGAGCACAUUUCACCGUUCAAAACACAACCUCUGCUUAUUUGGCAGCUUAUUGGCAGAAAUUGAGCACGUUUCGCAGCGCAAGUUCUUGGCUUUCCCCCCCCCAGCAUAGAGCAAGAAACCUGAAAUGCAUACGGGAGUACAAAGGUGUGCAUUAGAAGCCGCAAGAUGGUUCGGGGAGGCGUCGUAAUAACACUGACUUAUUACGACGCCCCCCCGAUCGAACCAAAACGUGCCUACAGCCUCGAUCGAUGAAAUCUAAGGGACAGGAUACUGUGGCCACCACUAUCAUAGACGACUAUACUUGUCCUAUCUACCUACUUUACCUACCUCGGAUGACAUAUGACAGCCUACAGGGUCCGGGUAGUAACUUGGAAAAAUAGAUAGCGCGCGCCCAAAAAACUCACCCCAUACUACCUAGGUCAAAAACAUGAAGCAGUCUACGACGACGCCAUCUUUCAAAAGGACAGGGACGUUGGGGGUUUUCUCCUCCGUACUUCAACUGCAAAUGCCGCCGGAUGUGGAUGUGGAUGUCAAUGUGUGCUACAGCAAUUCAUGGCCGUCGGAAUUCUCUUCGACUUUCACUUCAUCAACCUUUGAUUCAACCUCAGUUUGGGACAAAGUGUUUUUUCAAAAAGCCGCCAGCAUGCAGAAUUUCAGGCCCAGCAGGUCUCAAGAGUCCUCGGCUUGGGAAGACUCGCGAUCGUCUUCAGGUCUACCUCAAAGGACACCUUCGAAUGCGUCAAACGUGAGCAACACGAGGCAACGCAGACCGAGUACAAAUAGACACCGGGGCCACCACCAUCACCAUCAUGCCCUGUGGGUUGGCAACAUCCCUUCCAACACGACCGUCAUGAGUCUGCGGGAUUACUUUGCUGAAGCGGCCCCGACGGAACUGCUGACCAUCUCUUACAACCCGGACGCCAAGUAUGCCUUUGUCAACUUCAGCACCGAAGCUGCGAGGAUCGCCGCCAUCGGGAAAGCCGCCAGCCAAUUUUUCGAGGGGAGGCGGUUGGACUGUCGCAUCCGUCGGGACAAUUCUUCAAGAUCGACCAAGGUCAGUUAUGGCCUCAACAACAACAACAGCGGCAGUAGCGGUCCAGACCAGAUCAGCAGCAACAAACUUUCCAUCUCGCCCGAAAGACCUCAGAGUAUGUGGAAUAAGGUGGAAGAGUUGAAGCAGCACCCGGAAUCCGGUUCGUCCCAACGUGGUAGGGACAAGUACUUUAUCUUGAAGAGUUACUCUCUGGAAGCGUUGUAUCAGAGCUUGGCCACGAAUGUCUGGCACAUACCCAAAAGACACGUCGAGAGGUUGAAUCAUGCAUUCCAGACCGGCAGUAAAGUAUAUUUCCUGUUCUCCGUCAAUGGGUCGGGUGAAUUUUUUGGCUACGCUUCCAUGACUUCUGAGAUUCGACAACAAAAUAACGAAAUAUUCCCAAUUGACGCUCGACCGUCCAGCGAUCCUUUCAUUGAAAACUCCUCGAUUCAUCUGAGGUCAUACGGUGUGGGUGCGGCCGACGUAAGACCUGGGUCCAGACAUCGAACAUUGUCGACCACAUCGUCAGACGCAUCAUACGGGUCGAUACAUUAUGAACCAGAGAGGAGGAGAAUCAUAUGGGAAGCGUCGCAUUAUCACGUAUUGUCGGAACAGCAACAACAACAACAACAACAACAACAAAUCACUACACCUGAUGACUUUUCACCCGAUACCAUGACUCCGGUGACACCUUCGGAAUCGUCGUCAGCGAGGAGUUUUCGGGAUUUCCCGACGGGUGGUGCGAUUUUCGAGGUUGGUUCGCCUUCUUCUUCGCGGCCGUCGACGGCAGCAGCGGCGUCGCAGCAGCAGCAGCAGCAGCAACAGCAGCAAGUGUACCCCGCUGGUUCGGAGUUGCAACAUAUCAGCGAACCGUGUCAGAUCAGAUGGCAUUCGACUGUCAAUCUACCGUUCGAGGAAGUUCGUGGGUUGAGGAACCCUUGGAAUGAGAACAAAGAGGUUCAUGUGGCUAGGAACGUGACGGCGGUUGAACCGGAUGCCGGUGAGAUGUUGUUGGUGAGGUGGAGGAGGAAAGAUGAGGCACGUCGGUUCCAACAUUCUCAAGAUGCCAUAUCCAAAGCUUGGCCCGCUAGGUAGUCGAUGUUGUUGUGUUUUCUACCUAGGUAGGGACACGGGGGGGGGAUUGAUCUUGAUCUGAAGUUGACUGGAGCUGCUGGUAUGGCAUGGCAAGGCAUGGCAUGGCGAGGCAAAGCAAAGCAAAUCAUGGUAACAUGUGUAUCUUAACAUCAGGUGGCUGAAGGAACUUGUGGUGGUGGUGGUGGUGGUCGGAAUGACACAUGCAUAUCUAGGCGAGGAGUACAAUAAGUUCGUAUUGUAUUUCGUAUGCCCAGAAUGAAAGCAUGGCAUGGCAUGACUAGUAGAUUAAUGAAGGUCUUGGGUCUGAAAGGCCGGUUGAGUUCAGUCAAAUGCAAAGUAGUUUUUGCAAGUAACUCGUCCGGAGUAAAGAAAAAAUGGGGGGGGUUUGUUUGGUCGUGGAGAAGAGUUAUUUGUGCGUUGAGAAUUGACGUGGUUUCCCCCCUCUCCCCCCAUCCAAACCAUCCAAACCACUCAUUUGUACAAAACUACUAAUUGAUACAGUUAUCUGUAAUACGGAGUAUAAUAUCGAGGAUCCAAUAAUAACAGAAUAAACACUGCGUAAAGAAAGGGGUGAGAGGUUUGUGCGUUGGAUGAUGCCUUGAAAAUUUACACAAGUAAGUACUGUACAGUAGUAAUACUGCAAGUAAAUAGUAUUACAGUACCCCCCCGCACAACACUUCCAAAAGGUAUUAUUUGUCAAUGGGGGAGUGUGUGUGUGUGUUUGGUGAUGUAGAUCAAAAUCGAGGGGCAAAUGAAAAAGAAAGAUCGGGUACCAGUACUUGUACCCGUACUGUACAUACUGGAUUUACUGCCUUGAUGGUAUGAAGGUGGGCUUGGAGGAAGAGGGGAGUGGCUUGGAGCCAAGUAGAAUUACGCAGAAACCACUCAAAAACAAAAACAAAAAACGCACAAAGAGCUCAUUACUGUAU